GAGUUUAGAAAAAUAGAUCGAGCCAAAACAUCGAUUCUGGUUUAUAUUUUUGUUAAAACAUCGACAAAUGGACCGCCUGGCAUCUUUUGCAAAUGAUCCUUCAGAUAAGCCUCCAUGCAGAGGCUGCUCGUCCUAUCUAACUGAACCGUACAUCAAGUGUGCAGAAUGUGGACCUUCAGCUGUUUUACUGUGUCUCCAGUGUUUCACCAGAGGAUUUGAAUAUAAGAAGCAUCAGAGUGAUCACAAGUAUGAAAUCAUGACCUCGGACUUCCCUGUGCUGGAGCCUGGGUGGACGGCGCAGGAGGAGAUGGCGCUGCUGGAGGCAGUCAUGGACUGUGGGUUUGGGAACUGGCAGGAUGUGGCGUACCAGAUGCGCACUAAAACCAAAGAGGAAUGCGAGAACCACUACAUGAAGAACUUCAUCAAUAACCCGCUGUUUUCCUCCACCCUGCUCGGUCUGCGCAAAACUAAAGACUCUCAUUUUGCAGAUGGUGCGAUCCCUUUUAAACCCUCCGAUGACCCCCCUCGACCCACAUUCGACUCCGUUUUGUCUCGAGACAUGGCAGGAUACAUGCCAGCCAGAGCGGACUUCAUGGAGGAGUUUGACAACUACGCAGAGUGGGAUUUAAAAGACAUCGACUUUGUGGAUGAUGACUCAGACAUACUGCGCUCACUCAAGCUUUCGGUCGUUGAUAUCUACCAUUCAAGAUUAAAGGAGAGGCAAAGAAGGAAGAAGAUCAUCCGAGACCACGGUUUGAUGAAUCUUCGCAAAUUCCAGAUGUUGGAGCGAUGCUAUCCGAAGGAGGUGCAGGAGCUGUAUGACAUCAUGAGAAGAUUCGCCAGAAUUGUUGGACCGACUGAACACGACAAAUUCAUCGAAAGUCACGCAUUGGAGUUUGAGCUGAGGAGAGAAAUCCACAGGCUGCAGGAAUACAGGAAAGCAGGGAUCAAGUCCUUCUGCAGUGCUAAGGUUUAUGAACGUGUGAAGCGAGUGCGUGAGGACGAGCGCAGGAAGAGGACCAUGUUGUGCGACGUGCUUCAGUACAUCCAGGAUGGCAAAGCUUGUCAGCAGUGGCUCAGCAAACAGGCCGCGAUAGACGCUGGUGUCACUCCAGCUGUCACAACAAUCACAGUGUCAGCAUCUGGCAGGCGGAGCGCCCCCCCUCUCAACCUGACCGGACUUCCAGGAACCGAGAAGCUCAACGAGCGAGAAAAAGAGUUGUGUCAGGUGGUGCGCUUGGUGCCGGGGGCGUACCUGGAGUACAAGCAGGCCUUGCUCAACGAGUGCAAGCGGCAGGGCGGACUGCGGCUGGCGCAGGCUCGGGCGCUCAUCAAGAUCGACGUCAACAAGACGAGAAAGAUCUACGACUUCCUGAUCAAAGAGGGGUGCAUCACGAAGGCAUGA